UCCUCGAGGAAAGGAACCGGGUCCUGCCGCUCUAGGCGCCCGUUCUCUAUAGCACAACGAUGACGUAACCGCCAGCCCUCACGUCUCGCGAGAUCUUGGUGCUCGGGCAAGGAGGAGACGGCGAAGAUGGCGGCGACGACGGCGCUCUCUCUGAGCACAGAGACUGUGAAGGUGGAAAAUGGACAGAGCACAGCAGCCAAGCUGGGGCUUCCUCCCCUCACCCCAGAGCAGCAGGAGGCACUUCAGAAGGCCAAGAAGUACGCGAUGGAGCAAAGCAUCAAGAGCGUUUUAGUGAAGCAGACCAUUGCGCACCAGCAGCAGCAGCUCACGAACCUUCAGAUGGCAGCAGUGACAAUGGGCUUUGGAGAUCCUCUCUCACCUUUACAAUCGAUGGCCGCUCAGAGGCAGCGGGCCCUGGCCAUUAUGUGCCGGGUCUACGUGGGUUCCAUUUACUAUGAGCUGGGCGAGGACACGAUCCGGCAGGCUUUCGCCCCUUUUGGCCCUAUCAAGAGCAUUGACAUGUCAUGGGAUUCUGUGACAAUGAAGCACAAGGGCUUUGCUUUUGUGGAGUACGAGGUGCCUGAAGCCGCGCAGUUAGCCCUGGAACAAAUGAACUCGGUCAUGCUGGGAGGACGGAACAUCAAGGUUGGCAGGCCCAGCAACAUUGGCCAAGCCCAGCCCAUCAUCGAUCAGUUGGCCGAGGAGGCCCGGGCCUUCAACCGCAUUUACGUGGCCUCAGUCCACCAGGACCUUUCUGAUGACGAUAUCAAGAGCGUCUUUGAGGCCUUCGGAAAGAUCAAAUCUUGCACGCUGGCCCGAGAUCCCACAACAGGGAAGCACAAGGGCUACGGGUUCAUUGAGUAUGAGAAGGCGCAGUCCUCUCAAGAUGCCGUCUCGUCCAUGAACCUCUUUGACCUGGGCGGCCAGUACCUUCGUGUUGGCAAAGCGGUCACUCCCCCCAUGCCGCUCCUGACUCCCGCAACGCCCGGUGGGCUCCCUCCUGCAGCAGCAGUAGCAGCAGCUGCUGCCACAGCAAAGAUCACAGCGCAGGAAGCGGUGGCGGGAGUGACAGGCGCUGCUGUCCUGAGCACCUUAACCACUCCAGGACUAGUGACUCCGGCGCUGACCUUAGCACAGCCCCUGGGGGCGCUCCCACAGGCUGUGAUGGCUGCACAAGCACCCGGUGUGAUCACAGGCGUUACCCCUGCCCGCCCGCCCAUUCCUGUCACCAUUCCCCAGGUGGGCGUGGUGAACCCCAUCUUGGCCAGCCCCCCAACGCUGGGCCUCCUGGAAGUGAAGAAGGAGAAGGAGGAAGAAGAGGUUUUCCAAGAAUCUGAAAGGCCAGAGAUGCUCAGCGAGCAGGAGCACAUGAGCAUCUCUGGGAGCAGCGCCCGCCACAUGGUGAUGCAGAAGCUCCUUCGGAAGCAGGAGUCAACGGUGAUGGUUCUGCGCAACAUGGUGGACCCCAAGGACAUUGAUGAUGACUUGGAAGGGGAAGUGACUGAGGAGUGUGGCAAGUUCGGAGCAGUCAACAGAGUCAUCAUCUACCAGGAGAAGCAGGGCGAGGAGGAGGAUGCAGAGAUCAUUGUGAAGAUUUUUGUGGAGUUCUCCAUGGCUUCAGAGACUCACAAAGCCAUCCAGGCCUUGAAUGGCCGCUGGUUUGCUGGCCGGAAAGUGGUGGCUGAGGUGUAUGACCAGGAGAGAUUUGACAACAGUGACCUCUCCGCAUGAACUCUGCUCCAGAGAGACUUUUCUGUUGUUCUCCGUUGUUCUCCUCCACCUUCCCUAUGUUCAGGGAUACUACUGGGCCAACCCUGCUUACUCUCGUGAUGUCUGUGUAGUUUCGGAUAAAAAUGCAGGAACGAAAA